AUGGGCGGCAUGACGCGUUCAAAGGAUAAGAUCAGCGCCAAUGGAUACCAUCCCACGAAUCCUCAAAAGCCAUUGAGCGCUCUCGUCAGCCCACCUCUGGACCUUACCUCGGUGGAGAGAAGAGGCCAGCCUAAUGCUGCCCGCGAGCCUUUGAAGCCGAAGAAUAGACCAUUUGGCAUACGAGAAGCACCAUCGUACACGCCAACGGAAGAGGAAUGGCGCGACCCUCUGACAUACAUGAAGAAGAUUGCCCCCGAAGCUUCGAAAUACGGCAUUUGCAAGGUCAUACCACCUGACUCUUGGAACCCCGAUUUUGCGAUAGAUACCGAGAGAUUCCAUUUUCGUACAAGAAAACAAGAGCUGAAUUCGGUGGAAGGAAGCACCAGAGCAAAUCUCACCUAUCUUGAUGGCCUUUCAAAAUACCACAAGCAACAUGGCAACGCCAACCUGCACAGACUGCCCUACGUGGACAAGAAGCCACUCGAUCUUUACAAACUGAAGAAAGCCGUUGAGUCGCGAGGCGGCUUUGAAAAUGUUUGCAAGCUGAAGAAAUGGGCUGAGAUUGGGCGAGAUCUCGGCUACAGCGGCAAAAUAAUGUCUUCACUUUCGACAUCCUUGAAAAACUCGUACCAAAAAUGGCUGUGCCCUUAUGAAGACUAUCUUCGACUGGCGAAACCUGGCGUACAUCAACAGCUAGAAGCCGAGUACGGCGGGCCACUGACUCCGACUUCUGCCGUCACACCCGCUCAAAGAUCUUUGGCUGACACGCCCAUGAGGAUGGCGGUCGACUCACCAGCACGACAGGCUACGGAUGCCUUGCAAGCUGGGCUGAAUGGACUCAAAAAAGAAGAAUCACAAGACACCCCAAUGUCUGAUGCCCCACCUGCACCAGUCCUAGGGGCUCCUUCGAGUGGUUUUACCGCUGUCAACUCCGGCUUCACCAGCGUCAAUCGGCCGAGCACAGCCGAGCAGCACGCAGCCACACCCGAGAAGCAGAAUGGCAGCCCUAUGCCAGCCGGCAAAGCCACAACAGGCGUGGCAAGCUCUGGUCUCGACUCGCCAGCCACCUUGCUGAAACGUCAAUUAGGCACUGGCGGGGGCGCACCCGAUGUCGCAACAGCGGCUGGAGAGGACGAGAACGACGGCAGUGACAGCUGCAAUCGACGUAGCAAGCGCUUGAAAAAGGAUGUGGCUCCCACUGUUGCAGGCUCAUACAUGUCACAAUUCCGUCCUUCGGUGCCAAAAGUACCACGCGACGACGACGCGGGUCACAUCGACGAGAAGUGUGGAAAUUGUGGGCGUAGCGAUGACACCUCUCAGCUGCUCUUGUGCGAUUCCUGCGACGGCGCUUAUCAUAGCCAAUGUUUGGACCCCCCUCUGAAGCGAAAACCUGACGCUGAAUGGAACUGUGCUCGUUGCCUUGUCGGUGACGGGCAAUUUGGCUUCGAAGAGGGAGGUCUGUAUUCGCUUCGCCAAUUCCAGCAGAAAGCAAACGAUUUCAAGCAAGGAUACUUCGAGAACAAGAUGCCUUUCGACCACGCUCUGAAUUGUCAUCGACCGGUUACCGAGGAGGACGUCGAGACAGAGUUUUGGCGACUUGUCACCGACCUCGAAGAGACUACUGAGGUUGAGUACGGCGCGGACAUUCACUGUACGACUCACGGCUCUGGUUUCCCGACGUUGGAGAAACAUCCAACAAACCCCCACUCCGCUGAUACCUGGAACCUCAAUGUUCUGCCAUUUCAUCCCGAAAGUCUGUUCCGGCACAUUAAGACAGACAUUUCAGGCAUGACCGUACCUUGGGUAUACGUUGGCAUGAUAUUUUCGACCUUUUGCUGGCACAAUGAGGACCAUUACGCAUAUUCGGCCAACUAUCAACACUUUGGCGCCACAAAGACUUGGUAUGGGAUACCUGGAGAAGACGCCGAGAAGUUUGAGACCGCCAUGAGGAAUACAGUGCCUGAACUGUUCGAGACGCAGCCGGAUCUCCUGUUUCAACUGGUUACUUUGCUGACACCCGAACAACUGAAGAAGGCGGAUGUGAAUGUGUACGCCAUCGAUCAACGCGCCGGCCAGUUUGUCAUCACCUUCCCACAGGCAUACCACGCAGGAUUUAAUCAUGGGUUCAACUUUAAUGAGGCAGUCAACUUCGCACCAAGUGAUUGGGAGCCAUACGGCCUGGCGGGCGUUGAACGACUUCAAAACUUUCGCCGACAGCCGUGCUUUUCGCACGAUGAGCUACUCUGGACAGCUGCUGAAGGUACCGCCUCCUCGGGACUGACAAUACAAACAGCCAAAUGGCUAGCGCCUGCGCUUGAUCGCGUCGUUCAGCGCGAGAUAACACAACGAGGGGACUUCAUCAAGAAGCAUUCCGAGGCGGCAGCCCACAAGUGCUCACACUUCAGCGAUAGCACCGAGAGUGCCGAGAAAUGCCCCCUGCCCUUGACAGUAUCGGACGACGAUGUCCAAGAUGAGGAGGAGCAAUGUUGCGCCCAAUGCAAAGCAUUCGCCUUCUUCUCGCGGUUCAAGUGUGCCCAGACAGGCAAGGUCCUUUGCAUUCUACAUGCCGGCUGGACCCAGUGCUGCGAGCAAUCGGAAAUCGAGAGGUUCACCGGUGAUGGCCACAGCCUGAUUUAUCGGAAGACCGACACGACGCUGCGUGAAGCCUCUGAACGAGUGGCCGAAAAGGCACGAGUGCCUGACGUCUGGGAGCAGAAGUAUAACACUCUGCUUGACGACGAAGCUCGGCCGUCUCUAAAGUCGCUACGUACCCUUCUGAACGAAGGCGAGCGCAUUGCAUAUGAUAUCGAUGCAAUUCCUACCCUCAAAGAGUUCGUCGACCGCUGCAAUGAUUGGGUUGAAGAGGCAACCACUUACCUUGUGCGGAAGCAGCAAAACCGCCGAAAAAGCGAAAAGGUCUCUCAAGGCAGCAGACGCAAGUCAACGGGUGCUCCGGCCCAGGACGUUAAAGAAUCGCGAAGCGUGUCAAACAUAUUCCGGCUGUUAAUGGAAGCUGAGCACAUUGGUUUUGACUGCCCCGAGAUCGGCCAACUCCAGGAGCGAUCGGCCGCUAUCAAGGCGUACCAAGAACAGGCGAGCCAAGCUUUGGCGAACAAGAAUGCCAUCUCGAUCGACACGUGCACAGAACUCUUGGAGGAAGGUCGCAGCUUUAAUGUGGAUAUCCCCGAAGUGGAUCGCCUCAGCCGGGUGCUGGAGCAAAUUCAAUGGGAUGAGAGGGCUGCCUCAAGUCGCAAGGUGCUCAUGAGCUUACAAGAAGUGCACGACCUUAUCUCGGAAGGCGAGCGGUUGGAGGUGCCUGCGUACAACGACCAUUUGCAAUACUGGCGCGAGCAGUUGCGAGCUGGGCAGGCUUGGGAGAGUAAGGCUCUCGAGCUCAUCUCAGCAGAGUUCAUCCACUUUCCACAGCUGGAAGCUUUUGCAGCUCAAGUCCAGGCCAAUGCUCUCCCCGUGUCGGCCGAGACAUUGCGCGCUAUCGACCGUAUCCUGUCCAAGCAGCGGGAGGCCCAUCGACAAGCCUUGGACACUCUCGAGCGGUCGAAGAGGGAAAACCCCGCCGAGAGACCGAAGUACUCUGAAGUCAUUGAGAUGAUAAAAGAAUUCGAGGAGCUUGCGGCGAAGCCCAAUGGCACAAUAGAGAUAGAGAAUGAGCGCAAACGACACGAGGACUGGAUGCGCAAGGGCAAGAAGUUGUUCGGCAAGUCGAAUGCCCCACUACACAUCCUGAAGAGCCACCUGGAGUACGUCUUGGAGCGCAACAAGGAUUGCUUCGACCUCUACUACGAUACGCCCCGGAAUCCCGGGGAACCCGUGUCUCGCGAGGCGAGCCCAGAUGGCGGCCCCAGCCGCUCAAGACAGGUUUUCUGCAUAUGUCGCAGACCCGAGGCUGGCAUGAUGAUUGAGUGUGAGUUGUGCCACGAAUGGUACCACUACAAGUGUCUCAAGAUUGCGCGUGGUAAAGUCAAGGAGGAUGACAAAUACACGUGUCCUAUUUGCGACUGGCGCAUGAAGAUUCCCCGAGAUGCCUCGAGGCCGAAGUUGGAAGAUUUACAUGCGUUGGUGGACGAGAUCGCCGGCUUGCCCUUCCAACCCGAAGAAGAGGAAAUUCUACGUCAGAUCAUUGAUAACGCACAGCAUUUCAGGGACCAUAUUGCGCGUCACUGCAAUCCAAUGCUGUCCACUGAGGCCGAGGUCGAGAUACAGAGAUUCUACCUGCGGAAAAUCGAGGGCGCAGAAGUUCUUCUAUCGUACGAGACAAACCUGUUUCGCCAAGAGCUGCACAAAUGGUGCCCAGUGGCUCCGGAGGCCCCUCCGAUACUCGAAGUCUCGCUCUCCACCCGGAAGCCUCGACCUACCAAACUGCAGAAGAUGUUGGCCGAGUACGGGGUUGAUAAUCCAGAUGAUCUGCCUGAACAUGCCAAAGGCAAGGCUAACAGCCUACGUCGCAAAGCCGCCAACGCUGAGGCUGCCGCGGCCGCGGCCGCCAGCCAGUCAGGUGGUUCUGCGCCAACAGGACAGGGUCAGCAUCCACCUGGGGGUUCUGGAUUCUUCCCUCAUACCUCGCAUCCGAGUGUGUCUGGUAUCCCUGCCCCUUCAAAUCCGUCGACAUCACAGGCCGAGACAAGUAUUUUCCACCCAGGCGACCCGAUGGACAUCGAUGGUGGGGUACACCCUGCACUCCUUGGCGCUGGAGGUCCUCAUCUGCAUGUUGCUGACACGCCGAAAUCCCUGGAAGAGCGAUUGCUACAAGGCGAGGUCGACGAUGUUGAGCUGCAGACCGAAGAGGGGAAGAGUAAGGCUCUCGAGAUCCUCAGUCGGACCGAUGAGGGGAGGCGAGAAGCCGAGCGCAUCUGGGGUUCUGAUGUGUGGGGGACACCGCAUCGAUCUAUCAGCGACCAAGGCCGAUCGAUGACACCCGGCGAUAUCGAUCCGAUGAUGAAGCACGAUGACGGGAACGUCGAUCAAAUGUUUAAGGAGAUGACGAACCAGGAUGACGACGACGACCAGCAAAAGAAGCGAGACACUGUUGCGGACAGCCAUAAUGUGACAGCCGAGUCGCUGGAAAAGGAGCGCAACGGGCUUGACGCUAUGUUAGAUAUGGAUUAG